AUGGAGCACAAAGAUGAUGAUGAUGAUGAUGAUGAUGUGUCUUUUGCCAAAUGGAUGAGCAGCUUCUGGGGUCACAGCUGGAUAGAAGAGAAUGAGAGAGGACUCCGAGACCGUCAUGGAUCACAAGCUGCCAGUUACAGGAAAACCUCCCUGCCCUGCCCAUUUCCUGUGCUCCCCAGAAUCACAUCAUCUGAUAGCCAUCCCAGAAGGCAUUCUCAUGAGGACCAGGGAUUUCGAUGCCAUACCCACAUGCGGGAUUAUAGAAAAUGUUUAGCAGAUGAGUCAUUCAAGGAGCCACUGGAAUCAAAAGGAAGAUCCCAUUCCAAAAUUCAAGCAUUCUCAGAGUCCUUUGAACAACAACUGUGCUUUAGAACCAGACGCUCUGUCUCUUUGGGACCUGAGAGCAGAAAGGAGAGAAAUGAAAGAGAAUGUCUGAGGAUGGAGAUAAAAUCUCGAAAGAAAAUGGAGGAGGGAAGGAAAUCUAGGAAGGAAGAACACAGAGAAGAAUCCACGCCCUCCUUGUUUGAAAAGGAGCCCAAAUAG